CCUCAACCUUUUCAAAGUAAUUUUAUUUUUUCUCCAUUUUGUUACAAUUUAAGCUUCUCCCGCCGGCGAAAUUUUCUUUAUCAAACACCAUUACUCUUUAUAUUACCAGAAUUUCCAGUUCUUGAUCUCAAUUUUUCACUAAAAAUGGCUUUUCAAAAGAUCAAAGUGGCUAACCCCAUAGUUGAAAUGGACGGAGAUGAAAUGACCCGUGUCAUUUGGAAAUUAAUUAAGGAUAAGCUCAUCUUGCCUUUUCUGGAGUUGGAUAUAAAAUACUUCGAUCUUGGCCUUCCUCACCGUGAUGCCACAGAUGAUAAGGUUACAAUUGAAAGCGCUGAGGCUACUUUGAAGUAUAAUGUAGCUAUUAAGUGUGCAACCAUCACUCCAGAUGAGGCCCGUAUGGAAGAGUUUAACUUGAAGCAUAUGUGGAAGAGCCCAAAUGGGACAAUUAGGAACAUUCUGAAUGGUACGGUGUUCAGGGAACCAAUCCUCUGCAAAAACAUCCCCCGACUUGUUCCAGGUUGGUCAAAACCGAUAUGCAUUGGCAGACAUGCUUUUGGUGAUCAAUAUCGAGCUACUGAUACAGUGAUUCAAGGAGCUGGAAAACUCAAAUUAGUAUUUGUACCAGAAGGGACAGAUGAAAAGACCGAGUUCGAGGUUUACAACUUCACUGGUGCUGGUGGAGUAGCUCUAUCCAUGUACAACACGGAUGAGUCUAUUUGCUCUUUUGCUGAAGCUUCUAUGAACAUGGCAUACCAAAAGAAAUGGCCACUCUAUCUUAGCACAAAAAAUACCAUCCUUAAGAAAUACGACGGAAGAUUCAAGGAUAUAUUCCAGGAAGUUUACGAGUCAAAAUGGAAGUCAAAGUUUGAAGAAGCUGGAAUCUGGUACGAACAUCGCCUCAUCGAUGAUAUGGUUGCUUAUGCUUUAAAAAGUGAUGGUGGUUAUGUAUGGGCAUGUAAAAACUAUGAUGGAGAUGUACAGAGUGAUUUCUUAGCACAAGGAUUUGGAUCGCUUGGAUUGAUGACAUCGAUCCUGAUAUGUCCGGAUGGAAAGACCGUGGAAGCAGAAGCAGCCCAUGGAACUGUUACACGCCACUACAGGGUUCAUCAGAAAGGAGGUGAAACCAGCACAAAUAGCAUUGCCUCGAUUUUUGCUUGGACUCGUGGACUUGCACAUAGGGCAAAGUUGGACAACAAUGCUGCACUAUUAGAUUUCACCAAGAAACUAGAAGCAGCUUGCAUCGGUGCAGUGGAAAACGGAAAAAUGACCAAAGAUCUAGCACUUAUUAUCCAUGGAUCCAAGGUCGCUAGACGUCAAUAUGUAAACACUGAAGAGUUCAUUGAUGCUGUGGCUGAUGAGCUGAAAGCUAGACUUCUAAAAGCAAAGAUAUAAGUGUACGUUUUUCUGAUCGAAAACUU